CUGAGCAGCAGGCUGGGAAAUGCAGCGAUCAUGACCCCGCUCCAGGACAGCCUCCACACCGUUUCCUCACACAACAGACGCGGCCCCUAAACCUACGGAGGUUUAUCUUCUUGUCUUUUCUCUGACUUUACCUCAAACUCUGGAUUUAUCUGAGCACCAUGAGUGUGAAGGGGAGGAAGGCUGGGCUGGUCAUCAGCUGGCAGAGGUCACUGUCCAUCCUGGCACCGUGGAGGAAAGGAAAAGGAGACAGAGAUGCUGUUGUUGACACUGAAGUUGUUCUGACGAAGAUGAAACUCUUCGGCCCCCUCCAUGACGGGCUGCUGAUCAGCGACGACUCCACAUCGACCAUCUCCGCGCUGUCAAAUCCUGAGCAGAACAUCCCAGACCCCAGCAAGGCCUCAGAGGAGAAAUCCCACCAGGAUGGCAAGACCACACAACCACAGAUGGAGUCUGGCUCAGACUACCUGUCGGCCAUUUUCUCUGACUCUCAGCUCACACGUCUGUACAAAUUUGAGUCUGAGGACUCUGGCGUGGAGCUGCCCAGUGGAGCUAACUCUCCGUCCACGCCGACAGGCUCCGAGCAGAGCUUCGUGGUCCACAGUCGAGAAUCGUCCUGCGAUUCCUGCAACCUUAACUCUGAUUCUGAUAAACUGGUCACAUACACGCAGAGCUCCAAACAGGAGGAGGAAUCAGUGGAUACCAGUCCAAAUACAGCUGUAGAUACUCAGGACGAUGCUUUUAUUCCUUCAGUGGAACUUCACAUUAGUGAGGAUGGGGAUCGAUGUAGGGAUUCAGGACUUAGCCCUACAGGAGUUGAGGAAACUUCUUCUGGACAGCUAAAGGAGAAUAAUGCUGACAGUGAAAGGACUUGUUUGGAGGAUACCAGGUCUGGAAUACGAUCGUCUACAGACGAGGGCGAGGUGGACCAAGACUUUGGACCAGAGCCAAGAUGGAGAAGUGGCACUAGUGAAAGCUUGGAGGAGUACAUGGACGAAUGCUGCAGACUGAGUGAGUCUCAGCAGGUGAGUUCCAACCCUCUGGGGUCCGGUCUGGGUUACCUGGAGCACAUCUGCCAGCUCCUGGAGAAGAUCGGUCAGCUGCAAGAGACCAACCUACGUCUGCAGAGACAGAUCGUCGGCCUGCAGAAAGACAGCAGGGUGACGAAGACUAAAGAGGACUUCUUCCAGCAGCACUGCAGCUGUGGAGCAGCCAGCCUGGCCUUCCAGGAUGUCCAGAGGAGACACCCUAGAAAUGAGUGUUUGUCCCCCAGUGGGACACUCUCGGAUCUGACCACCAUCCCUGAGGUCACCCGGCAUCCUCUCAUAUACUCCAGGAGAGAUGUGAAUGGUGAGGAUCUGACCCCGGUGCCGCUGUGGAGGAGAAGCCUGAACCGAAGGAGCUACACUGAGGGGGAGGUCCGCUUCAGGGACAGCACAGAGGGGCUGUCAGCCCCCCAUCGCAGGCUAAGCGAAAACUACACGUGGGGCCGAGUCAAAGACCUGGUGAGGAAGACGAAGCUGAGGAACCAGAGCAGGCUGGGACUGAGCUCUUCAUCUCUGAAGAUGUCCUGUCCUCAGCUCUACAGACCUGAUAUGGAGGCAGUAGAACCUGCUGUCAGGAACAGGAACAGGAACUCCAUGAUCGUCCUGGGCCAGCAGAGCCGACUGGACUUCCCCUGGCAACAAUAAACACUAACAGGCGAUGAUCUCUUACUGAGAAGACCAGGAUGCCAGGAAGUCACAUGGAAAUGAUUCAAGAAACAAAAGAAGAAGAAAGGGCUGAUGGAGGGGAGGACGAAAGAAGAAAUGAGUGAUUAAGUCGAGGACCGUUGGAUGAGGGAUGUAUUUCUGCACGUAUGAACAAUAAGAGAUAAAGAGGUGUAUACUGUACAUGUACAUAAAGAAAAUAAGCCAUGUUCUCCUCUCGUGUCUUAAAUAAUCUUCACUGGGACAUUUUUAACUCAGUUCUUUUCUGCAGAUAUUAUUAAGGACUCUGUUUAAAGCAUUAUGAAACAUGACAUGUUUUACAUUUUUCACCGUGUAGUGAAAACCAGACAGCCUGCCCAGUGUGUCUGUGAUGUUGUAUAACAAGAGAGCGUGAGAUGUACCAUGUAGCGUGUAUGGAGCAUACAUCAUGUUUGCAUAAGAGCAGAAGAUAACAGCCAGGCACCGCCACCUGCUUUUCCUUAAAAAUGCUCAGUUUAUGAACGCUGAUGAUUGGUUUCAGAAAAAUAUCAUUUUAAUGAUCUGAUGAAAAUAUAUUCACUUAAAGACACCAGAACUGGAGUCAGGUUUUCUGAUUUAUCCUUAGAGACUUUUUAAGAAGGCUGAAGUGCUCCUUACUCUUUUUUAGACACGAUGGAGAGUCAUAAAUGAUGGUUAAAAACGGCUGUUCUUAAAUCUGGAUUUUUGAUCCCUCUCCAUGCUGGUUCUUAUGUUUUAUACCAUGACAUAAGGUUUUGAUAUCUGAGAGUAACAAGAGCGCUUUAUUUCAAUGACAUAAUAAUGAAGUUUUAUUUUCAUUUGGCCAUUGGAUAGUCAGAAAAUACUGGUGUUAAAUACGGGCCGACAUGGUAUGCAUGCAUUUUUUUUUUUGCAUAUUUCUGACACAUAACAGUUUCAGAUUUAAUUUAACAUAAGUUAAACUAAUUCCAAAUGUCAGUUUUUAAAGGAUGAUUUUAUUAAGGUGUAAAAAACAUCCAAACCUACUUGGCCCUAUGUGAAAAGUCACUAACGCCUAAACUGAAUAAAAAGUUGUUCCAUCCUUGGCAGCAACAACUGCAAGCAAGCAUGAGUCUUUUACAUCACUGUGGAGAAAUUUUGGCCCAUUCUUUUUGGCAGAAUUGUUUUCAUUCAGUCACAGUGGAGGUUUUCCAGCAU